AUCCGUGCUUCAUUUGAAAGCAUCGUGAGAUGGAAGUGGAGGUUGCAGACAUGCGGGAUGUGAGAAGGAGGUGUGAGAGGAGAGUGAGCAUUCAGAGGAGCGCAUGAGUGAGGCGCAGGAGUGUGUGCUCGCUGCAGAGGAGCAGCAGAUUUCCAAUCCAGCAGAGAUCCUCUCACUUGGUGAGUCAACCUCAUUCAAAUAUAAUAAAUUCAUCAGUUUUUAGUUUGCUGCGUUUUUGGAAUGAAUUAAAAAACUUUGAAAUGCUUUAGAGUUAUUAUUGAUAAAGAUUUAUCAAAUGGUCAGUGGUAGUUUAAAGCUUUAAAAGUAAAUAAAAAUGGAAACAACAUGAAAAAAUCAUAGUUUGUGUUUCACAUUAAAUUAUUUUCAUGCUUCUAAUUCUACAGCUCAGCUUCGUUUUCCAUUUUUCCCAUUUAAAGAGUCACAAACACUCGGUUGAAACGUCUCCUUCUCCUUUUUUAUUUCCUUUCCCAGAAGCUGCUCUCCAACGCUCUCGUCACAUUCCACCCCGGUGGCCAUUGAGCUGCAAAGGAAAUCCAUCAGCGUGCGUCACCUCUGCCCCCGUAACCCGGGGGACGCGCCGCUCCUCUCAGCCGAACCCCAUCAUCGCCAUGGGUUUGAUGGGAGAGCAGAGCGGCGGCUGCGGAGGGGAAAACUGCAGCCUGAUGCCGGACCCCCCCACAAACUGCUCCCACCCAGACUGCCUCUGGGAGGAACCCGUGUUCGGAUGGGUCGAGUUAGUCGUUGUGACGAUUAUCUACGUCCCACUGAUGCUAUUUGGACUCCUGGGAAACAUUCUAACCAUUCUGGUGGUUUGGCUCCGCCCACACAUGAGAAGCUCCACCUACCUGUACCUGAGUAGCAUGGCCAUCAGCGACCUGCUGAUCCUCUUGCUCCUCCCCCUGGACCUGUAUAAGCUGUGGAGGCCUCGACCUUGGCCUUUAGGGGAUCUCGCCUGCAAACUGACCAUGUUCCUGUCGGAGUGCUGCACCUUCUGCACCAUCCUUCACAUCACCUUCCUCUCCCUCGAGAGGUACGUGGCGGUCUGCUGGCCGAUCACAGCCAAAACCCUGGUGACGCGGCGCAGAACCAGGGCCAUCAUCGGCUGCCUGUGGCUGGGAGCCGCCGUCAGCGCUGCACCGGUUCUGCUGAUGGUGGGGGUGGAGGACAUCGGAGGAGAUGAGGUCGGAUUCAACCAGUGGAGAGAAGAGGCGGGGUGGUCGGGGAGGGAUGGGGAGCGUGCUGAAUUAGUUAUCAGCGAAAGGGAAGGAAGAAGCUCUCACCUGCUGGAUACGGGGACCACGUUUGGGGAGAAACCGGGUCAAGGAUGGAGAGACGGAGGACAGGAAGUCCAGUGGUUUGAAGACAAAGAGGAGAGUGAUGUGAGAAAUGAAACCCAACAAGAAGAAGUUUUAAAAGAAGAAGAAGAAAGAACCGAAUUUAAAAGAGACCAGCGAAACAAAAAGAAGGAAGACGAAGGUGGGGGUGAAGGCGGGAGCUCUGAAGGAAGCCGUGAAGGAGAGGCUGACAGGAGGGAGUGCCGCUGCACGCAGUACGCCAUCUCCUCCGGCCUGCUGUCCGCCAUGAUGAUCCUCUCCAACUUGUACUUCCUGGUGCCGCUCAGCAUCCUGGGGCUGGUGUACAGCCUGAUUGGACGAACUCUUUGGCUCCGCCCAAAAAGCAGCCGGAAGGAGCAGGGUCACAGGAACACAGUAAAGAUGCUAGGAGUGAUUGUCUUGGCCUUCGUCCUGUGCUGGCUGCCCUUCCAUGUUGGCCGGACCAUAUUCUCCCUUUCCCUUGGCAGCGUUGGCGACAGGCAGGAAUCAAACCCGAACGCAGACGUUCUUGCAGAUGUCUUUGAACCGUCCAAAGCUCACUUCCAUGAGCCGCUCUCCCAGCCCGGUGAGAUGGCCGCACGCCCUCUGACGGACGACAGGCUCUGUGACAAAUGUGCUCGGACCAAAGACAGAACCGGCCCUCAAACGGGCUCGGACCAACAAGCACGUCCCCGUGUCGUCACACAAACUGAACCGCCACGGGAGAACACACGAAGCACAGAGACACACACUAACCCAGCACAACGAGACACACACAGUGGCACAAACCUUCACCAAAGAAACACAACCCUCUCCAUGCAAGACACAACUGCUGCUAUGACGACACAAAACGCGAGCAAAUCAGAGCAAAACACAACUUCACCCGCCAACGACACUCUUCUCCACGACCCGCUCUGGCCCUCUGACAUGCACGGCUACUUUUUAUACUACCUGUCCCAGUAUUUUAACCUGGUGUCCUCUGUCCUCUUCUACCUCAGCGCCGCCAUUAACCCUUUGCUCUACAACCUGAUGUCUGCCAGAUACAGACUGGCUGUGCGCAGCCUCGUGCGCGGGCCCUCGCAGACGCAGGCGCAGCACCUGCGCACGCUCACGGUCCGCCAGUCCACCACCACCGUGUGAGGGACAGUGGUCACAUCUGAGCUCUUUGGUGGGAAAAGCGUCGACUCUAUCA